GCAUUUGUUUACUUCCGGUUCUUGGCACUACUCGAGAUGAGGGGAAUAAAAUGAUGUGGUUUUCCAGAUUUCAGUUGCAUUUACCAAGGAGUUAUAUUGCAUUUACAUAGAAGAUGAGUUCGGAUGACUUUGAAGUAAAUGAGGUGGACUCCAUAGAAAAUGUUAUUGGUCUUACACCAGGAGACCCUUUAGAUGGUUUUGUGGAGAUCUGGUACCAAGUGUUCCUGUGGGCUCUGUUUUCAUCCAUCUUUGUACAUCUGAUAGGAGCAGCAAUAGCAUUUGGACGGCUCAGAAAACACAAGCUGGGACGCUUCACUCCUGCCCUGAUCUUGUUGAUGGGUGUGCUAGGGCCACUGACGGGAGGAGUGAUCACAAGUGCAGCAGUAGCAGGUGUCUACAGGACAUCAGGAUUUGAAAUGAAGCCGUUGUAUGCUUUGGUGUGGGGUGUGGCACAGACAGUGAUCGUCAUUUUCAUCUCAUUUACUAGGAUAUUGGCAACUCUGUGAUGCUGAAGACUGACUGUCAUCUUGUGAAUUUAAAGAGGAUAUUACAGUCAUAGAUUCAUGAAGCUUUUGGGCUAUAUGCUGUUAUUCAAGCAAUAGAGAAAAGAAAUUAGAAAUGAAUAUUUAUAAACUGUGUCAUCAUGGAAAUCUGACAUUUAUUUGAUGUGUGUUCCUUUAAAGAGUGGGCAUGUCAAAGUAAAUGUAAACUAAUGCAUGGAGUAAUGGUAUUUACCAAUAACAGAUUUGAUGGGCAAAUUGUUCCUGCU